CACACACACACACGUACAUCGUGUCUGAUUCGUUUUGCAAAGUCUGGAUCUGGAUUGCGCAGAGGCGAGAGGCAGAGGGUGUGCGCGUCGGGAAGGGCCCCCCCACGCCGAACAGCCCCGAAGCGCGCACAAACAAAAGGGGGAGGGCAACAUUUGGGCAUUCCGUGCGCGGCAGCAUGGAGGAGAAUGAGCAGCGCCCGGGAGACGAAGGCGCCGAGCAGCAGCGGCAGCGGCAGCAGCAGCAAGAGGAGUCGAGCAGCGGCAGCGACGGGGAGCCCAGCCGGCGAAGGGCGAUGCUCCUGCCCCGGGUGCUCCAGGCGCCCGGCAACCACCCGCACCAGCACCCGCCGCACCGGAUCACCAACUUUUUCAUCGACAACAUCCUGCGGCCAGAGUUCGGGCGGAGGAAAGACGACGGCACCUGCGGGGGAGGCAGCGGCGGCGGCGGCGGCGGCGGCGGCGUUAACUCGGAGCAGCCGCCGCCGCCGCCGCCGCCGCAGCAACAGCAGCAGCAGCAGCUCCUCGGCGCCCGGAGCCCCUCGGCGGCGCCGACCUCCGGUUCCCUGGCCGAAGGAGGCGGCGGCGGCGGCGGCGGCGGGUCCAAAGCGCUGGUCGCGGGCAAGAAAGGAGGCGACUCGGGCGAGCUCGACGGAGCCUUGAAGUCCCGCGGCGGGGGCAGCAGUAGCGGCGGCGGCGGCGGCGAUCUGUCGCUCAGCUCGGAUUCGGACAGCUCCCAGGCCAGCUCCUUCCCCAGCGGGCAGCCCAUGCUGUGGCCCGCCUGGGUGUACUGCACCCGCUACUCGGACAGGCCUUCGUCAGGACCCAGAUCCCGCAAACCAAAGAAGAAGAACCCCAACAAGGAGGACAAGCGGCCCCGGACCGCGUUCACCGCCGAACAACUGCAAAGACUCAAAGCGGAGUUUCAGACGAACCGAUACUUGACCGAGCAGAGGAGGCAGAGCCUGGCUCAAGAACUCAGCCUCAACGAGUCUCAGAUCAAAAUCUGGUUUCAGAACAAACGGGCCAAAAUCAAGAAAGCCACCGGCAACAAGAACUCCCUGGCGGUUCACCUCAUGGCACAAGGACUGUACAACCACUCCACGGCCUCGAAAGACGGCAAGUCAGACAGCGAGUAG